AUGAGUGUAAGAAAAGAAGACAAAAGGAAAAAAGAAAUUGAUAAGAAAUCAGAAAUUUUAGAGACAGAAGACGAUCAUAUCUCACAAAUGCAACAAGGCGCUUCAAAAAUUCUUGUUGCAGUUAGAGCUCGUCCAUUAACUAAAAAGGAAAGUGCUAUUAACGAUAAACCUUUAGUUCAUGUACUUGAGGAUAAAGUAGUCAUUUUAUUGGACCCUUCUGAAGAUUUAUGCCAGUUUUUUAUAUAUAGCCCAGGAAACCGUUUAGAUGGUCAUGGGUUAGAAAAAUGCAGCGCAACUCCCUGAGUUGAUUCUCCAGCUCAAACUGAUGAACCAACUUGGAGAUUGACAAAGGCCUUAUUUGCCAACUUCUCGAGCUGGUUGGUCAGCUUGAGCUGGAGAAUCAACUCAGGGAGUUACGCUGCAUUCUCCCAUCCCAGAACCAUCCAAAAGGUUUCUGGGCAAUAAAUGCAUAAAAUCAGUAUAUUGAUAAUAAAUUUUAUAUUUUAGUAAUAUUUUUUGAAGCAUUUAUUCACAAUGAUAUAUAAUAAGUGUCCCUGAAGAAAUAUUUCGUCAAAACAGAUCCCGUGAAAAACAAUACGCUUUUGAUUAUUCAUUUUCCAAAGACUGCAAUCAAGACAUGGUCUACGAAAAAACUACUAAAUUCUUAAUAGAAGGCGUCUUAAAUGGCUUCAACGCUACUGUUUUCGCAUACGGUGCCACUGGUGCUGGCAAAACAUAUACGAUGAUCGGAGAAUUUGACAGUCCAGGUCUAAUGCUUAAGACUUUUUUAGAGGUAUUUUCUCGAAUAGAAGCGCUAUCUGGCCAGCGGGACUAUAUUGUUAAGCUUAGCUAUCUUGAAAUUUAUAAUGAAAUCGUCAGAGACCUUCUAAAUCCCAGUAUGGAAACAUUAGAAAUCAGAGAAGAUCCUGCCAAAGGUGUCAUUGUAGCAGGGCUCAACGAAAUUUUAGCAACUUCUCCAGAGCAUGUGAUAUCAAGUAUAAGAAAUGGCAAUAGAAGAAGGACCUCAGAGUAUACAGAAGCUAACGAGACCUCAAGCAGGUCACAUGCUGUGCUACAAAUUGUAGUGGAGCAUAAAGACAAAGCCUCUGGAGUUAAUGCAGAAAUUUUGGUUGGAAAAUUGUCAUUGAUUGAUCUUGCUGGGUCUGAGAGAGCAAGCAAUACUAAAAAUAGAGGAAUCAGGCUAAUUGAAGGAGCAAACAUUAAUAGGUCACUACUAGCACUGGGAAAUUGCAUAAAUGCACUGUGUGAAGCAAGCGAAAAAGGAGGGAAAGUUUAUAUUCCUUAUCGUGAUUCGAAGCUGACAAGAUUGUUGAAGGAUUCUUUGGGAGGGAAUUGUAGGACAGUAAUGAUUGCAUGCAUUUCUCCUUUUGUUGGAGCUUUUGAAGAUACACACAAUACACUUACAUAUGCGAAUAGAGCGAAAAAUAUAAAAACUACUGUACAUAGAAAUGUGGUUAAUGUACAAUUUCAUAUAGCAAAAUAUACCUCCAUUAUCAAUCAGCUAGCUUCGUACUCCGAGAGUGAGCAACAUCAUUGGAAAAAUCCAUAUUUUUGCCCUAAAACCCACCCUCCGUGAGCGAACAAAAAAAAUUUUUUAAAGAAAAAAUUUUUAUGGAAAAUAUUUUGAUAUAUAAGUGAUAAUUAGUAUAAUAAACCUCUUGCUGAUUCUGUUUAAUUUUAAACAGCUUGCUUUAUUACAAAUUAAACAAUAUUUGCUUUCCAAUUUUUGCGAGUUGGGAUAUAUUUACAUGUCGAAAAAAAAAUUAAUAAAAACAUUUAGCUCCCAGAGCGAACAAAAUUUUUUACUCGCUCGCAAAGAGGGGAAUAAGAAAUGAGGUAUCAGAACUCCGAGCCCAAUUAAUUUCGAAAAAGGCUGAACCAAGCAUGAACAUAGAAAAAUUUUUAAUUGAGCUUAGCACCCACUUCCAAGAAGAGGCAGAAACCAGGAAGAAUAUUUUUCAAUCUGAGCAAAAUAUUUCUCAGAUAAGCUUCACUAUGUUUGCUAGACAGUUUGAGCUUGAAAAAGUGGUCGCUGAAAAAGGCGAAAAAUCAGCACAAGCUAUAAAAAUCUACGAUGAAAUAAAUCUUCUUAAAAACACUAUUGAAAGUCAUGAACGGCAAAUUACUAUAAAUUCAGGGUUCUUAGAAGAUUUAGAGCAGAGAAGGCCAAAAUUUGAAGAGAUCUGGAAUAGGCAAGGAAUUACAGAGCCCUAUCUUUCUCAGCUGCAUUUAGAGCUAAAGAAAAACAUUAUGAAUAUGAAUAGUCUAGAAAUUCAACGAAAAGAAAAUAAAGCCCAAUUAGUGAUAAAGAAAAAAGAUAUGUACAUAAAAAUAUUAGAAGAGCAGCUAAAGCUGCGAGAUAAUAUAAUAGGAAACACGCAGCAGUUUUUUCAAGAUAAAUCAAUCCCACCUCCAACUGCUAUUUCUAAAGCUUUAAAAGAGCUGAAAACAUGAGAUGAGCUUAAUGCCCACUCAAUACCUGACGAAAAUUUGUCAAAAAGUUUCAAAGGAAGCCCAAAAAUAAAAAGUAAUAUGAUGCUCCCACAGCUAUCGAAUUCAAGAAUUCCAAAGCCAAAAGGAAGCAUAUCAUUAUCUCCUAUAGGAGGCAAGUCUAAUAAUAAAGCAAUAAAGCAUAUAAGCCCAACACCUACACUGAGAAAGCAUGAGGAUCCAAGCCCUAUGAAAAUGAAAGAGAUUUCUCAUAUCAGAAGCAAGUCAAAACCGAAAAGAGCUGCUAAACCUAAUCGAACAAAUUCUAUUGGGUCCAACUCUUCAGAUUUAAGCACAAUAAGCAGCAGCAACGAAAAGAAAACAAAACAGGGGAGGCUGUACAAUAAUAUUGCAGAAAAAAUCAGCUUAAGUCCUUACAUCGGAUUUGCAAGAGAUGGAAAGUUUAGAGGAGGGCUGCUGAAGCUAAAUAAGCUUUAA